AAAUCACACCUCAAACCAUCCUGAGCUCUCUCUUUGCUUUACUUCAGCUAUUUCAUUCACCUCAAGUUUUAACCAUGGCCGAGGAGAAGCACCACCACAGCCUCUUCCACCACAAGAAGGAUGACGAAAUCCCUGAGACUGAAGCUGAUUACAAGAAGGAGGAAAAGCAUCACAAGCACCUUGAGCACCUUGGUGAGGUGGGAGCUGCUGCAGCUGGCAUAUACGCAGUGCAUGAGAAGCACAAGGCAAAGAAAGACCCAGAGCAUGCUCACAAGCACAAGAUAGAGGAGGAGAUUGCAGCGGCAGCCGCGGUGGGAGCUGGCGGUUUUGCCUUCCACGAGCACCAUGAGAAGAAAGAAGCAAAGGAAGAAGCGGAGGCAGCUAGUGGAAAGAAGCACCACCACCUCUUUUAAUUAAAAUCAAUUUUCUCUCUGCUAUAUUAAUUUGUGUGUGUGAUGACCACCAGUAUGCAACUACCCAAAUAACUUUGCUUUGUGAGUGUUGUGGGUUUUGUGAAUUAAUGCUUAUAAUUUCUAUGUGUGUUUCCUUUGUUUGAAGUAUAAAUUAUCUAAUUUCUCAGUCUAUCUGUGGAUCUCUAUCUUUGUACCUAUUCUCUAUUAUGACAAUAAAUUAUAUAAGGAUAUUUGAGAGAGAUGAACUUGAUCACUUCUCGUUUUUUAUUUUUUUAUUUUUUAACUUAAUUCUAUUUUUAUUUUACAAUGAAUUAUUUGAUUAUUU